CCGGCCCGGACAGCGGGUGCGAGAAGAGCGGGAAGGGCGCUAAGAGCAGCACCACGAGGCAUGCCGGCCAUGGACGAGAUGACGCUGACCAACGGAAUCAACGAGGCUGCUAAGAUGGCCCUGCUCGCCUGGGAGAAGGAGACCGGCAUCGAGCUGGUGCAAAUCAACGGGCAGAGGCACUAUGGAGCACCCCCCCCAGGCUGGGAGGGCGGCCCGCCGCCGGCCGGCACCGAGGUGUACAUUGCCAGGCUGCCGCAGGACAUCUACGAGAACACCCUGAUCCCGCUGUUCGAGAGCGUGGGGAAGCUCUACGAGUUCCGCCUCAUGAUGACCUUCAGCGGGCUCAACCGCGGCUUCGCCUACGCCCGGUACGGCUCCCUGCGGGACGCCCAGAGAGCCAUCGCCACCUUCCAUCGCUUCCAGCUGCGCGAGGGCUGUGCCAUCGUGGUGUGCUGGAGCACGCAGAAACGCGAGCUCGUCGUGAGCGGCCUGCCCGCCUCGGUGAGCCGGCAGGAGCUGGAGGCCGGGCUGCGGAUGGUCACUGAGGGGAUCCGCAGUGUCUCCCUGUACGCCAGCCCCUGCCAGAGGCAGGCCAAGCUCGCCGUGCUGAACUACAAGUCGCACAGAGCUGCUGCCCUGGCCAAGAAAGCCCUGAUGGAAGGGAACCUGAGGCUCGGGAAAGAAGGGAUGAGGGUGGACUGGCUGGACCCCCAACUGAAGAAGAAGCUGCAGCCCUGUGAGGAGGAGCCAUUGUCCAGCUGGGUACAGGGAGGCAAGAGCCUGGCAGUGCCCAGGCCAGGGUCCCUGUCUCUGUCACUGCAGGAUGUGCUGGAGUGCCUGAAUGUGGUGUGCUGGAAGCAUCGCCUGAGGACACCCCUGAUCAUCACCAGGUGUGUCCAGGUGAACCCCAACGGAUGGCAGAAGUUCUGGUACCAGGUGGUGAUCCCGGGAUACCAUGUGCCCAUCAGUGGCUUCACAUGGGUCUCACCGGAUAGGAAGGGCCAGAGCAAGCAGGAGAAGGCCAAGGUGGUGGCGGCCCUGCACAUUCUCCAGGUGUUAGGGUGCUAGCUGACAUAGGCAGCCGCUAUGCUGGAGCCAUGAUAGAGCCUGAGCCCUGCUGGGGUCCCGACGCUCUUCCAGCUUCCCUUCAGGUUGUUUGCAUCGGUUUUGAGAGCUGGAUCUCGAGGAUGAGGACUGCUGUCCUGGUCCAUGGCAGCCACCCUGUCCUCGGACAGCCCUUGAGUUGGUUCUGGUUUUGGGUUGUUAGUUUUCCUGCCAAGUUCGGGUUCUGUUAAGCCAGUUUGUGUUGUGUUGGAGGGGCAGAUCAUGAAGAAGCAGGAGCUCUUGCCAGCACUGGAUGCCAGUAUGAUGGAGAGAAUUUCUCCACUGGCAUGCCUGGUACCUGAGGAACAGCCUCAGGGGAGGACAAGGCCACAGACAGGGAUUGUCCCAGUGGUCGAAGUUCUGUGCGCUGGUGGAGAUGCUGUGUGGGGAGAGCAGUGCCUGCAACGUGUGUGUAUAAGGAGGAAACAGCUGUGGGUUCCCAGCUGUCUGUUCAUAAUUCCUCGCGAGUGAUCGUCCUUGCGAGUAGGAAAUGUAGUUACAUGUUCUUUUGAGAAUGUUCCAGUGGUCAGUUCUAUGUGGUGGUGGAGCUUCCUAUAACGUGUUUGUAUAGUGAAGAAUUCCUUGCAAGUGGUUGUCCUUGCGAGUAGGAAAUCUAGCUACAUGUUUUUCCUUUGGGAGUGUCCCAGUGGUCAGUUCUGUGGGGUGGUGGAGCUUCCUAUAAUGUAUUUGUAGAGGGAGGAAACAGCUAUGGGGUUAGCAGCUGUCCAUGAAUAGUUCCUCGCGAGUGGUCGUCCUUGCAAGUGUGAAAUCUAGCUACAUGUUGUUCUUUUGGGAGUGUCCCAGUGGUCACAGUUCUGUGCGCUGGUGGAGCUGCUGUGUGGGGAGAGCAGUGCCUAUAAAUGUUUGUAUAGUGAGGAAACAGCUGUGGGGUUCGAAGCUGUCCAUGAAUGAUUCCUCACAAGUGGUCGUCCUUGAGAGUGAGAAGUCUGGCUACGAAGUGUCCCAGUGGCCACAAGUCUCUGGAGUGGUGGAGCUGCCUGUAACGUGUUUCUGUAGUGAAGAAUUCUUUGCGAGUGGUCAUCCUUGCGAGUUGGAAAUCUAGCUGCAUGUUGUUCUUUUGGGAUCAAAGAGUUCUGAUAGCAUCAGCUGUGUCAUGUCAUCUUUUCCUCCCCCAUCCUCAGCUCCCUGCAUGUCCAGUGCAUCUCAGUGCUCUCCCCACACACCAGGGAAGGCAAGGGAAGGGACAGGGUGGGAUAUAGAGCCUUCAGAGUCUUACUGGGCCGUUGUGUGGGAAGCAGCAUUCCCUGGCACCUUGAUCUUUGUUGUCUUCUACUCACUGGGUUUUUUCUGACCAGCUUUUGAUACCCCUCGGGCUCCUGCCUUCCUUAGCAGGCACCCCACCCGCCUUUCACCCCUUUACGCUCUCCAGGGACCCCAGGUGUCUCACUAUUGUAGAUGGCCCAUCCCCAGCUCCAGGAAUGCCUCUGGCCAUGUCCCAUCCCCCCCAGCAGGUGCAGCACAAACCCUUGGGCCAGCAGCAUCUGGGGGCUGCAGUGGGUGGUCCCAGGGGUCCCAGGCAGUGCUGGGAAUUGGCUUGGGGAUGUAAGCCACAGCCAGGUGUAGAAAUCAUGGCAAAACUGCACCAGAUCCUCCCCAUUCCCCAGCAGGCACAGGGGUCCUUCAGGGGCCUUGGCUGCAGUGUCUGGCCAUAGCUGAUGCUGUUCCAGGCCCUGCAGCUGCUGCCCACUGCUCAUCCCCAGGGAAAGACCCAUCCCAGGAGGGAUCCCUGCCCCUCUCCCCCUCCCCAGUAAUGCCACACUGUCAUGCAGUGACCUGCAAUGUCCCUUGGGCAGCACCCAAGUCCCAUCCCUCUUCCUUUUAGAGAUCCUGAGGAUCCUCCAAGAGCCUUUUGAUGCACUCUUAAGUUUUUUCCUGCACUCCCUGGAUAUCUGUCUGUCCCUCCUGGGGUUUGCCAGGAGUCCUUGCCUCAUGAGGAUGAGCCAAACCAUCAGCACAAGGCGCUGGGAAGUGAAAGGCACUGAGUUUAUUUCUAACAGAGCUAAAGUCUUAAUUAACAAAGGGUAAUUGACCUGCUGGGACAGCAGGGCAGCACAAUGACAAACUUUUGUGCCCUGGCCAGGCACCCCGGGAUCCCAUGUCACCCUCUCACCCCUCCUGAGAAAUGCCCUGCUUCUUCUCCAUCCCAGGACCCCCAAAUACACCAGCAAACCCCAGCACGACCCAAUGCCCUCCCAGUGCUGCAUCCCCCACAAGAGACCCCCCCAGUCCUGUCCUCCCACAUCUCAGCACCCUCUCAUCCACCAGAGACCCCCAACUCUGUCCCGCCAGGGACACCCAGCUUUGUCCCCCCCAUAUCAGAGCCCUCAUUCACCAGGGAGGUUCAUGUCCCCCCAUCCCUGCAUUCCCCACACCAGGGACACCAGUGGUCACCCCCAUCCCUGAGCAGAGCCCCCAGCCAUGUCCCCCCAUCUCAGAGCCACACCAUCCAUCACAGACCGCAGUCCGGGACCCUUCCCAGUCCCUGUCAUCCCAGCCACGUGUCCCUACCUCUAAGAGCCUCCCCUGCACCAGGGCCUCUGAUGUCAGGGCCACCCCCUCUGGCAGGGCCCUCAGCCCCACCAUCCCCAGCCUGUCCCCCUAUCCCGGGGCCACCCCCGGCUCCUCACGGGGCCCCGGCCCCCCAUAACCGCUGCCCCCUACGGGACCCCC